AUUCAAACUCUCCCCAAACGCAAUUCCAAACGCUAGCGUCUAGUAUUUUCAAAGUUUUCAGCUUAAGCUCAACAGACAAGUUAAGUAAAGGCAAAAGUUUAAGCUAAGCGACUCUUAAGUAAAAGCAAGAACAAAAGGAACAAAAGUUCCCAGAAGAGUUUCAAAGUCUCAGUCUGCUCUUCCUCCAAUAUUCUCCCUAUUUCUUCCCCUCCAAAGUUUCCGCUAUUUUCUUUUGCUAUAACUAUUAUAGCUUAACAUUUCAUUAUUGAAUAGUUUUUUUUUCCUCUUUAUUUGGGUGCUUCUCUCCAUCAAACUUGGAGCUUGGAUAUUAGCUAUGGGAACUUUGACUUUUGCUCCUGUUCUCCCUUCAAAUCCAAGACCUUCUGUGUUUGAACAAAACGGAUCUCUUUUUAUUUCCAGAAGAAGAUCCAAGAAGAAGAACCAAGCUAUUGUUCCCGUAGCAAGGUUGUUUGGGCCAGCUAUAUUCGAGGCAUCAAAGCUUAAGGUUCUGUUUUUAGGAGUUGAUGAGAAGAAGCACCCAGGGAAGCUUCCUAGAACUUACACCCUUACACACAGUGAUAUAACCUCUAAACUUACUCUUGCAAUCUCACAGACCAUAAACAACUCUCAGUUGCAGGGUUGGUCAAACAAAUUAUACAGAGACGAAGUGGUGGCAGAAUGGAAGAAAGUGCAGGGAAAGAUGUCUUUGCAUGUCCAUUGUCACAUAAGCGGAGGCCAUUUCCUCUUAGACUUGUGUGCUAGACUUAGAUACUUCAUCUUCUGCAAAGAACUCCCCGUGGUACUGAAGGCUUUUGUCCAUGGAGAUGGCAAUUUGCUGAAAAACUACCCAGAAUUACAGGAGUCUUUGGUUUGGGUUUAUUUUCAUUCAAACACUCCAGAAUUCAACAGAGUAGAGUGCUGGGGUCCGCUGGUGGAAGCUGGAGCACCUUCUUUUAGAGAGGCUGAUGAUGUUGUGACACAACAAGAGAAAAAACAAGAAACUUCGGUAAGUGACUGGAAAUUGCCAGAGCCAUGCCAAGAGAACUGUAACUGUUGUUUUCCACCAAUGAGCUUGAUCCCAUGGUCACUAAAGAUUCCCCAUGAAAAUGAAAAACAUGGGACCCAGCAGCAGCAGCAGUUGCCUCUACCAAAUCUGGAAACUAUAGAAUGAAUGAAUAUUUAAUUAAUUAAUUAUCGUUGAUCAUUCAUAGUAAUUUGUACUCUUUUGUCUGUGAUGAAAGAAAUGAUGCAAAUACAAAGUGGGUGUCCGAAAUUACUUCCCCUCCAAGAAA